AUGAAUUAUAUACAAAUUACGAUAAUUAUUAUUUUGCUUUAUUACUUAAAACAUCAACAUUUAUUAGUGAAUAUACAUGGUAGUGUUAUAUAUAAUACAUCAUGUAUUCAAUACAACAAUAGUAAAACAUCUAAUGAAUGUAAUUAUACACAAUGGAUAUUUUUAACAGGAGCCCCUCUUCUCAAUUUUGUUUCUUUAUAUACUUUAAAAAUAUUGAAUACAAAUUAUUGUUUCAUUGAAUGUCAAAAUAAUUUGAAAUGCUAUUCAUUUACAACAAUGCCCGUAAGUCGCAGAAGGUUGAGGAAGUUGUAUAUUGCUAUUAUUGUCAUUAUUAUUAUUAUUAUUAUUAUGACUGGUAGUCGUAGUAGUAGUAGUAGUAGUAGUAGUAGUGUUGGUAGCAGUAGUGUUGGUAGUAGUAGUGUUGGUAGUAGUCGUAGUCGUAGUAGUAGUAGUGGUGGUAGUAGUAGUAGUAGUAGUAGUAGUAGUAGUAGUAGUAGUAGUAGUAGUAGUAGUAGUAGUAGUAGUAGUAGUAGUAGUAGUAGUAGUAGUAGUAGUAGUAGUAGUAGUAGUAGUAGUAGUAGUAGUAGUAGUAGUAGUAGUAGUAGUAGUAGUAGUAGUAGUAGUAGUAGUAGUAGUAGUAGUAGUAGUAGUAGUAGUAGUAGUAGUAGUAGUAGUAGUAGUAGUAGUAGUAGUAGUAGUAGUAGUAGUAGUAGUAGUAGUAGUAGUAGUAGUAGUAGUAGUAGUAGUAGUAGUAGUAGUAUUUCAUAG